CCAAGAGGAGGGGAAGUAGCUUCAUUGUAUUGUUGUAUUUCCUCUGAGGCCCAACCAAACCCAAGAACACCAAGACGAGCGAUUUAUAGAUCAGAAAGAGAGAGAAACAUCAAAACAUAACACAAUAUCAAAUUUCGUAGAUAUACAUAUAAAUAUCUGUGUCUAUAUAUUCAACCAGAUUGCGUCUUGACCUAUUUUACUCGCUUCAUCGAUCUGUCCUGUCAUUCCACUAGUUGUGAUUGAUCUUCCGAGCUUUCUUGUUUCUGUGGAUAUUGUAAGUUGAUAUUGUUGUUUGUGAUAUUGUGUGUUAAUUUGGUGAAUUGCUGUUGUUUCUGUGCAAUUGAGAGGAUUUGAUUUGUGUGUUUUGGUGGAAUUAGGGUUUUGAUUGCGCAUUAUGAGCAUCCAUAGCCCGGGGGAAAAGAAUUGAGGAAAAUUGUAGGGAUUGGGGUUUUGAUGUCCAUGGGCGAUGGCGGUGUUGCAUGUGUUCCGCAGCAGCAUGUUAUGGACCAGUUUUCGGUUUCUGAGACUUCAUUGUGCGCUGCCAAACGGAAGCCCAAGCUGGUUAAACGAAAGGUGAAGCGCAAGAUUAAGAUGAAGAGAGAGGGUAGUGGUAGUAGUAAUGUUAAGAGAGGGGAGUUGAGGAAGAGUGAAAUUGCGAGUUUUGGGAAUGAGGUGGAGGAUGAAGUGGAGGAGGGGGAGGUUGAGAAUGGGGAGUUUAUUCCAGAUAAGCCAAGGAAAGUUGAGAUUAGAAGUAGGAUAGAGAAGGUAGAUAGUGUAGCUGAUAGUAGGAAGAAAAGGGAUGUUGAGUUUUCAUCGUCGGGGAGGUGGCAGAAAGGGGAAGUGGAUAAUGGGAAGUUUGGUUCGGGGAAGUAUAAGAACGGGGAGGUUGAUAUGAAUGAAAUUGGGUCCUGGAAAGCGGGAAAAGAUGAGCUGGAAAAUGGUGAGUUUGUUCCGGAAAGAUGGCAUGGUGGUGAGAUGAUGAAGGAUGAUGGUAGUUAUUCAAGAACGCACCGGUAUGAUUCUUCGAGGGACAAGGUAUGGAGGUGUGAUUCUGAGCGGACGCCACCUUUAGGUAAGUAUACAUCUGACAAAGAAUUUAGCAGAAGAAGUGGCCAGUUUAGUAAAAGUUCCUCUAGGUGGGAAGGUAAGCAGGAGAGGAAGCCGAGAAUCAGUUCGAAAAUAGUGGAUGAUGAAGGCUCAUUGAAGAAUGAAUAUCAUGUCAGCAAGAGUCAUGGUAGAGAGUACUCAUCAUCUGCAGGAAAUAGAUUAAAGAGGCAUGGUACUGAUUCAGAUAGCAGUGAUCGCAGACACUACAGUGAAUAUGAUGAUUAUGCAGUGUCUAUGCCUAAAAGUCGGAGACUUUCUGAUGAUGGUAAUCGUCCAGCAUAUGCAGAGCACUAUCAACGGCCAUCUAUGGAGAGACCAUAUCGAAAUUCCAUGUCAUCCAGAAAUAUGUUGUCUGACAGAUAUUCAUCAAGACAAUAUGAUUCUUCUUCCAAAUUUAUUUACGACAGGCAUAAUACUAGUCCACAUCAGUAUGAGCGGUCCCCACGUGAACAGGUCCGCUACCAUGAUCAUCGUGAUCGGAGUCCAGCUCCAACCGUAGCUCACCGUGGUCGUUCUCCUUAUGAUCGGAGUCCAGCUCCAAGCACAGGUCACCGUGGUCGUUCUCCUUAUGAUCGGAGUCCAGCUCCAGCCACAGCUCACCGGGGUCGUUCUCCUUAUGAUCGGAGUCCAGCUCCAGCCACAGCUCACCGUGGAAGAUCUCCUUAUGAUCGGAGUCCAGCUCCAUCCACUGCUCACCGUGGAAGAUCUCCUUAUGAUCGGAGUCCAGCUCCAGCCACAGCUCACCGUGGAAGAUCUCCUUAUGAUCGGAGUCCAGCUCCAGCUACAGCUCAUCGUGGAAGAUCUCCUUAUGACCGGAGCCCAGCUUCAGCUCACCGUGGUAGAUCUCCUUAUGAUCGGAGUCCACCUCCGACUACAGCUCACCGUGGAAGAUCUCCUUAUGAUCGGAGUCCACCUCCGACUACAGCUCACCGUGGAAGAUCUCCUUAUGAUCGGAGCCGUUACCAAGAGCAUAGAAAUGGUAGUCCUAGUUAUUCUGACCGGUCACCACAAGAUCAAAAUAGGUACCAUGAUAGAAGAGAGAGGACUCCAAACUUCCAGGAGCAUUCCUCGCUUUAUUGGGGUAAAAGUGAUAAGCAUAGGGAAAUGAAUAGGAAAAUUGGAUCACAAGAAAAACGACAGAGUCAGCAUGGUAAGAAACUACCGGAAGAGAAGCUUAACGUUAAGAAACCUGAUGGAAGAGAUUCAGAAUUAUUAGUAAAGGAGCCUGAAUACAGGAGGAAUUUGGAUAUUGGAGAUAAGUCACAUGAUAAAAUGGCUAAUCUUCAAUCUCGCAAGGAGGAGGUGUCCUGUAGUCCGUGUGUAAAUAACAAUGAGUCUGUUCAGAUUAACCCAACUACUGAUGAACUGCUUUCUAUGGAAGAGGACAUGGAUAUAUGUGACACACCGCCACAUGUUGCCACUGUGGCGGAUUCAGAUACGGGGAAAUGGUUCUACUUGGAUCAUUAUGGUGUGGAUCAGGGACCUUCUAGAUUGCGUGACUUGAAGAUGCUUGUGGAGAAAGGCAUUCUUGUUUCAGACCACUUGAUUAAGCACUUAGACAGCGACAGGUGGGUGACUGUCGAAAAUGCAGUUUCACCGUUAGUCACUUCUGAUUUUCCAUCCAUUAUUUCAGACACUGUUACUCAGUUGGUGACCCCCCCUGAGGCCCCUGGUAAUGCAUUGUCUGAAUCAGGAGAUGUCAUGCAGGAUGGUAAUCAGUUAAAUGAUGAAAUGGUGGCAGCCUCUACAGUAGUUGGUAAUAUAGCUGCAGCAGAGGCUUCACUUGAUUUUCAUCUUGAUGAACGAGUUGGGGCACUACUAGAGGGUUGUACGAUCGUUCCAGGAAGAGAACUGGAGACAGUAGGCGAAGUGCUGCAAAUGACUUUUGAGCACACAGAUUGGGGGAACUGGGGAAUCUUUGAAGGCCUGACUUGUAAUCAUCAUGCAGAGGAACAUUUUGAUCAAAGGGGAGGAGAGUCCUCAUUGAGUCAUCUAGAAGGCUCUCUGAAAGGAACAGAAGCAAGUAUAAGUGCUCCUUCUAUUGACACUGAUAGUAUGUAUUUGUAUGGCGACUGGUUCUCCGGCAGGUGGUCGUGCAAGGGUGGGGAUUGGAAGAGGAGUGACGAGGCUUCCCAAGAUAGAUCGUAUAGAAGGAAAAAUGUCCUAAAUGAUGGCUAUCCCCUGUGUUUGAUGCCAAUAUCUGGGCACGAGGACCCUCGGCAGCGUCAGAAGGAUGAAUUAUAUAAUUCUUCUAGCAGAAGAUAUGAUCUCCCACUUUGGGCAUUUUCCUCACCUGAUGAACUUAAUGAAUCAAUUAGUAUUAUCAAGUUAAGUCAAAGUAAAUCUAUUUCUGCUAGGGGAGUGAGAGGAACGAUGCAUCCAGUUGUACGAAUAAAUGCCUGUGUGGUUAAGGACCAUGGUUCCUUUGUAUCCGAACCUCGCACAAAAGCUAAAGUGAAGGAUAGACAAUCCUCGAGGUCUAGCAGGCAUUAUUCUUCAACGACUGAUGCAAAGAGACUAUCUGUAGAAGGUAGUUCAAGCAUGAAAAGCAUGCAUGACCAAGACUCUCAGGGAAGUUUGAAGAGCAUAACAUCCAUAAAUAUACCAAAAGACCGACUUUGCACAGCAGAUGACCUUCAGUUACAUAUAGGUGACUGGUAUUACCUCGAUGGUACUGGACAUGAACAAGGGCCAUUAUUAUCUUCAGAGAUUCAGGUAUUGGCAGAACAAGGUAUCAUCCAGAAGCUUACGAGUGUUUUCAGAAAAGUUGAUAACAUAUGGGUUCCGGUAAUCUCAGUUGCACAGGCUUCUAUAGCUGCUGGAAAGACUCAAAGAGACAGUAGUUGUAUUUCUAGAGAAAAUUCUAGAGCACGUCAUCCAGAAACCAAGAGUGAUCUACAUAAUGAGAAUUUUCCUAUCAAUUCAUUUGAUAGUUUGCAUCCACAUUACAUUGGUUAUACUCGAGGCAAGCUCCAUGAGCUGGUAAUGAAAUCAUACAAGAGUCGGGAAUUUGCUGCUGCUAUAAAUGAGGUUCUUGACCCAUGGAUCAACGUGCAACAACCAAGAAAAGAGAUGGAAAAACACGCAAGUAAUUUAUCUGUCACUCGUUUCCAAAGAUCAGAGCAAUUUCGUCCUGGCAAAAGACCGAGACUUCUGCUUGAUGAAAGUGAAGAAAAUUAUGAAACAGAAGAAGACAUACUGGCAGUCCAGAAUGAUGAGUUCUUGUUUGAAGAUCUAUGCAAGGAUGUUACUUUUCCGAAAGAAGACAAAGCAGGUACCAAAAAUGAAGUUGGUUGCUGGGGUUUGCUUGAGGGCCUUGUUCUUGCACGAGUAUUCCACUUUCUCAGAGACGACUUAAAAUCUCUUGUUCAUGCCGAGUCAACUUGUAAGCAUUGGAGAUGUGUAUCCAAGUUGUACAAGAAUCUCUGCGUACAGGCUGACUUGUCCUGUGUUGCUCCCUCUUGUACUGAUUCUGUGAUCUGUAGCAUCUUGAAUGGUUAUAAUAAAGAAAAACUCACUUCUUUGGUUCUACGUGGUUGCACAAAUAUUACUCCGGGUACACUUGAAGAAGUUCUACAGUUGCUCCCUUCUAUAUCAUCUGUAGAUAUUAGAGGCUGCAGCCAGUUCGAUGACUUGACAUCCAGGUUUCCAAGUAUCGCCUGGGUUGGUGGUCGUCUUUUACAUCCAAGAGCGAGGAGUCUUAAACACUUCAAUGACAGAACUUCAUCAAUUUUUAAGACUUCUUAUGGUAGUCUAAAUGAGGAUUCCAGUGGCCUGAGAGAUUAUUUGGAAAGCUCAAGUGCAAGGGACAGUGCAAAUCAGUUAUUCCGCAGAAGCUUAUACAAACGUUCAAAACUGUUUGAUGCAAAGAGAUCAUCAUCCAUCUUGUCCAGGGGUGCUCAUUUAAGGCAUCUGGCCUUCAAAGAAUCAGGAAAUGGGUAUAAGAAGAUGGAAGAAUAUCUAACAUCAAGUUUAAAGGGAAUCAUGAAGGAGAAUACCUCUGACUUCUUUGAGGCUAAGGUUGCACAGAUUACACGCCGGAUGGAAAAUGGCUAUUAUGUCAGUCAUGGUUUGCGCUCUGUUAGGGAAGAUAUAAGCCGGAUGUGCAGAGAUGCAAUGAAAAGAAAAAAUCGAGGUGAGGCCAGAAACAUGAAACAUAUCAUCACCUUAUUUAUUCAUCUUGCCUCAAGUUUGGAUGGUGGCUCAAAAGCUUUCCAUGAGAGAGAGGAGUUGACAAAGAUUUUGACAGAUGAGUCACCUCCGGGGUUCUGUUCUGCUCCCUCAAAGUACAAGAAGAUUGCUAGACUAAGUGAAAGGAAAUACACGAUGAGGAGUAAUGGAUCAUCCUUUACCAAUGGUAUUUCUGAUAAUGGAGAUUAUGCUUCUGAUGGAGAAAUUAAAAGACAUUUAUCGAAGUUGAAUAAAAGGUCUAUAGAUUCAGGAAGUGAAACAUCUGGCGGGUCUUCGGAAGAAACUGAGACAGAUGGGUCGACUUCUUCAGACAGUGAAUUGGGUUUUGAGUCUGAAGGCAGAAAAAGGGAGUCAAGCAGGGAUGACUAUUCCAAUGCAGACGAUGGAUUUGAGACUUUUACAGAUGAUCGUGAAUGGGGUGCUCGUAUGACAAAAGCAAGUCUUGUUCCCCCCGUCACCAGGAAAUAUGAAGUUAUCGAUCACUAUGUGAUUGUAGCAGAUCAGGAUGAAGUGGAAAGAAAGAUGCAGGUCUCCUUACCGGAUGAAUAUAAAGAGAAGCUUGAUGCCCAAAAAAAUGGAACUGAGGAGUCUGAUAUGGAAAUACCUGAAGUUAAAGACUACAAACCUCGGAAACAGCUUGGAGACGAGGUGUUGGAACAAGAAGUGUAUGGCAUUGAUCCAUACACACAUAAUUUACUACUUGAUUCAAUGCCAGAUGAAUCCGAUUGGCCUCUUUCCGAGAAACAUGUCUUUAUCGAAGAUGUGCUACUCCGUACAUUGAAUAGGCAAGCCAGAAGUUUUACAGGCACUGAAAACACUCCUAUGAAAUACACAUUGGAGCCUGUUAUUGAAGAAAUCCUGAAAACUUCGAAAGAAGAACAUGAUAUACGCACCGUAAGAGUAUGCCAGUAUAUGCUAAAUUCCAUUCGAAAACGUCCGGAGGACAAUUAUGUUGCUUACAGAAAGGGGCUUGGUGUUGUAUGCAACAAACAAGGUGGCUUUGUUGAGGAUGACUUUGUCGUGGAGUUUUUAGGAGAGGUUUACCCUGCCUGGAAAUGGUUUGAGAAGCAAGAUGGUAUUCGCUCUUUGCAGAAAAAUAGUAAAGAACCAGCACCGGAGUUUUAUAAUAUUUAUCUUGAGAGACCAAAGGGUGAUGCUGAUGGUUAUGACUUGGUAGUUGUUGAUGCAAUGCACAAGGCAAAUUAUGCAAGUCGGAUUUGUCAUUCUUGUAGACCUAAUUGUGAAGCAAAAGUUACUGCUGUUGAUGGUCAAUACCAAAUUGGUAUAUAUACUGUGCGGCCUAUUGGAUAUGGAGAAGAAGUGACAUUUGACUAUAACUCUGUUACGGAGAGUAGGGAAGAGUAUGAAGCAUCAGUUUGCCUCUGUGGAAGUCAAGUUUGUCGUGGAAGCUACUUAAAUCUCACUGGGGAAGGAGCCUUUCAGAAGGUACUAAAAGAGUGUCAUGGAAUACUUGAUCGACAUCAAUUGAUGCUAGAGGCUUGUGAACUGAAUUCAGUAUCCGAAGAUGAUUACAUUGAUUUAGGAAAGGCUGGACUUGGCAGUUGUUUGCUUGGCGGGUUGCCUGAUUGGCUAAUUGCAUAUUCUGCUCGUCUGGUGAGAUUUAUUAACUCUGAAAGGGUCAAGCUUCCAGAUGAGAUUUUGAGGCAUAAUGUGGACGAGAAGAAGAAAUAUUUUGCUGAGAUUACCAUGGAAGUAGAGAAAACAGAUGCUGAAGUGCAGGCCGAGGGCGUUUACAAUCAGCGACUUCAGAAUUUAGCUCUUACGCUGGACAAGGUGAGGUAUGUUAUGAGAUGUGUUUUUGGUGAUCCAAAGAAAGCGCCGCCUCCACUUGAGAGGCUUAGUCCUGAAGAAGCAGUGUCCUAUGUCUGGAAAGGAGAAGGAUCAAUUGUUGAGGAACUGUUGCAUUGCAUGGCUCCUUAUAUGGAGGAUAGCAUGCUUAACGAUCUAAGGUCUAGUAUACGUUCUCAUGAUCCAUCUGGUUCUGAUGAUGUCCAGAGGGCCCUUCGCAAAUCUUUGUUAUGGUUGAGGGAUGAAGUCCGGAAUCUACAGUGUUCAUACAAGUGUCGGCAUGAUGCAGCUGCUGACCUGAUACACCUAUAUGCUUAUACAAAAUGCUUUUUUAGAAUACGUGAAUACAAGUCUGUAACAUCACCACCUGUUUAUAUCACUCCUCUUGACCUGGGUCCCAAGUACAGCGAUAAAUUGGGCUCAGAUCGUCACGAGUAUUGCAAGACAUAUGGUGAAAAUUACUGCUUGGGGCAGCUAAUUUUUUGGCAUAACCAAGAUGCAGAACCAGAUUGUACUCUAGCCAAAGCUAGCAGAGGUUGUUUAUCUCUACCUGAUAUUAGCUCAUUCUACGCGAAGGUCAAUAAGCCAUCAAGACAGAGAGUAUAUGGUCCCAGUACUCUUAAACUUAUGCUGGCAAGAAUGGAGAAACAAUCCCAAAGACCUUGGCCAAAUAAAGAAAUUUGGUCAUUUGAGAAAUCAAUAAGAGUAGUUGGCAGCCCAAUGCUAGAUGCUGUGUUGCACAAAGCCCCAUUGGACAAGGAGUUGGUGCAUUGGUUGAAGCACAGACUCCCAAUUUUUCAGGCGAAAUGGGAUAGGUAGUCGUUUCAUCAGGACGCCAUGAAGCCGCCGAAGCAGUAGCGGCGGCUUUGUGAUACAGUAGGGAAUUCCUUCUAAUUGUUUGGGAAUGUAACGGUUGAUUAGAGUAAAAUAGGGUUUGUAAUAUUUAUAGUGGUUUGCCUAUAAUUAAAAAGAAGAUAGCAUCUCCCAGGAAAGCAGUUGUUGCUUCUUUUUUCCCAUUCUUAUGUACAGUUGUCUCUAUUAACUCAUCUAAGUUGGUCUGUCUUAUGUGUAACCCAUUGGUUAUAAAUGGCUACAGUUUUGUUUUCUUGA